GAGCCGUGGCCAUGGGCGAGGCGGACCCCGGCGAGCCGCGGGAUGCGGCGGGAGCUCCGCCGGCGCUGGAGAAGCCGCCCUAUUCCUACGUAGCGCUGAUCGCCAUGGCCAUCCGCGACAGCCCCGAGCAGCGGCUCCCCCUCAGCGGCAUCUACGCCUACAUCGCCGCUCGCUUUCCUUAUUACCGCUGCGGCUCCAAGGGCUGGCAGAACAGCGUCCGCCACAACCUCAGCCUCAACCCCUGCUUCCGCCGCCUGCCCCGCCGCACCGGCCCGUCCGCCUCCGGCCGCGGCGGCGACUGGGCGCUGGACCCCGCGUUCCAGGACAUGUUCCCGGGGGGCGACUACCGCCGGCGCCGCCGCCUACUCAUUCCUAAAGAGUUGUGGCUUCAGAUGAUGCUUAAACCGUUUAGAUACCGUCUUGAUGAUCCGUGA